AUGCAUAUUGAGGUGAAGUUUGGUUCCGCAAAGCACGAUAUCGAGGUGCCGGAGGAGGCGACGCUUGGAGUCCUCAAGGCGGCCAUCUACGAUGCCACCAACGUCCUUCCUCCACUGCAGAAGCUGCUGGGGAAGCCAAACCUGCAAGCAAAGUCGGAUGACACGUUGCUGUCUGCCCUGGGCAUUAAGGACAAGACGAAGCUGAUGCUCAUUGGGUCAGUCGCAGCGGAGGUGGUCAAGGCGAAUGCGCCUUCGGGGGAGGAGAAAAAGAAAGAAGAGGAGCGCGAGCGCCGGCUGCGCAACCUGCCCUAUAGCUUUUGGCGCCUGCCAGCGUAUGGCGGCUUUCUGGCGGACCCCUACGUGGCCGGUCGCGGCGACCCCCUGGAGGGCGGCACGGUGCUCCUGACAUUGCUUUGCCUGGAUGUCAUUCUCUGCCGUCUCAACACCCUUGGCGCGGGCAGCAGGCCCAACCCGUCCGCCGCGAGCACGAAGCUGCUGCAGGUGCUGGGCCAGAAGGGUGCCGCCGAGGUGUCCCAUCCUUUUCUGCAGGACAUUUCUGUCAACUUGCGCACCGCCAUCCAGCGCGCGCACGGGACUAUCCGAUCCUGUUACGACUUCACGGUGGAGGCUAGCAAGGCGGUGCAGCCGGCGACCGUGCUGGAGGUGGUAGGCCGGUGUGUGCAGCGCAUUGCGAGCCUACCGACCGGGGAGUGGACGAUGAUCCCAUCUGGCUGGAUUGGCACCCGGUCGUACAACAUUAUGUUUCUCCUCGUGCACCGCAAGGCAGGUGAAGUGUUUGACUUUGUUGUCGUGAAUCGAGGCACCGAAGGGCAGGGCUACCACCCACGCUGGCAGACGGCGGAGAAGAUACUGAGCUGUCCAAUACUCAAGUUCCAGGACGUGUCGUGGGCUCGGCUGCAGGACAAGACGUUUUGGCUGCUGCUGUUGUCGCUGUGGAUGCGGCGCAAUGACCCGCAGAACCAGUCGGAGUUCAUCCGUGCUGAGGUAUUCUACGAUGUGUUGCUGCCGUGGCUGGUGGAGAAGCUGCCAGAUGGGCGACGUCGCGAAGAUGACGUGAGCUCGAACAGGAGCAACCUAGCCAGCUCCCUGCAUCUGACGACGACCCGCUUCACCACCGAGAUGAUUCUACAGAUGACCGGCGGCACGGUGGAGAGCGAGCAGCAGGUGCCGCUCUCGCCUGCGCUGUCGGCCGACUCGCCCUUCACACCGUUCAUCUACAGUAACGCGGCAAGCCCCGCCUGCAGCUCCUCCAGCGGCAUCAAAUCCGCCAUCACUGCCUUCUGCUAUCUCCUAGCGCAGUACUACCCUGCGCUGACGACUGUCGAGAGGAAGCGCAUCAAGUACGUGCUCAAGUACGAGUUCUUCGCACGAGCCGCCGAAGACCUCUCACGCUACUCGCGGCGCUUCCUCUCCGACUCAACUCCCGCAGCGCGCGCCGCCAACGUCCAGGCCGCAUCGACCGGAUUCAGAUCACCGACGCCGAGCAGCAAGGAUGCCCAGCUGCGCACCGCGCUUGAUCGCCUCAAGGCAGCAGGGAUCAACGACACAGCUGCCAAUCUGUCCCUGAGCUCUGUGUGGCUGAGCUUCACAGAUAAGCGUGUGUACAUCAAGGACAAGCAGAACAAGAUCUUGCCUGAGACCGACUUCCAUGGCAAGAUGGUGCUGCUGUUUGUCAGCUGCCUCAAGGUUCCGAGCGGCAGGGAGACGUCGGCGCUGCUGGCGGAUGCAGUGACGGUUAUGAAGCAAAAGUGCAGCCCAGACACCGUCGAGGUCAUUUUCCUCAGCUGCGACGAGACACAGGAGGACUAUGAGGAGCACUGCGCUCUCUUUGAUUUUCCGCGCGCCACAUACCCAUGCUUUGAGGUGCUCAGCGCGAUGGAGCUGACCAAGGUCCCAGAGCUCCUUGUUUUUCAGAGUGACGGAGAGCUGCUGCACCGACAGGGUAUGUCAGCGCUGCGUUCCGACCCUGAGGCGAUUCAGUUCCCCGAUGGCCCGUGGAAAGGUGCGGUUCCUCUCUCCGCCACAGACGUGCAGUUGCUACACGUUGGAGCGAGCCAGUUGGCGCACCACACGAAAAAGCGGCUGGACCGUGGCCAGCCUCCGGUCGUCGGCAGUGAUGCCGUGGUGCAACACGUUGUGGAGCUCGUGCACGCCGUCGAGGCAGUGGUGGACGCGCUCCCACAGGACGACGUGCAGGACCUGAUUCAGGCGGUCAGCGAGGUACGCACGAGCACAACAGCGAGCGCUGCAGGCACCAUGGGCGGCGUAUCUACAGCAUCGUCAGAUCCGCAGCGCACGGUGGACGCCAUUGUGAAGGAGCCCAUCGACGCAGCUCGCGAAGGUGUUUUCCAGAACGUCGAGCUCCUCCCCAAGGCGUCAGUCGCCUCUUACUACGGCACAGCUUUCCAGUCGUCGGUACCAUCCUUGCCUGACAUCCAUGACCUGGCCAAGGCGACAAACUACGCUGAGUUAUUCGCGCUCCUGCCGCGCGUGCGAAGUGUUGUGGAGACACUAUGGAGGCGCGCCGGCAACAGCGGCACCGCCUCUCGCGUUGCCGUGCAGCUGCAGAUUAUCGAGCUCAUCACGUGGAUCUUCUCCAUGCUGAUUCCUGUGCCCCUGCCUGCGAGCUACUCCAUCGAUGCCGUGCCGCAAGAGGAACGGUGGUGUGUGGCCAGUUUCUACACGGAGGAUGUCAUUCCACCAGCGCCGCAGCUGCCAGCCGGGGUGGGAGGUGUGGUGCCGAACCCGCAUGCUGGUGACCCGCAACUGAUAAUGCUGGAGUGCAUCUACUACCUCAUGCUGUCGCUGGCAAAUGCCUGGCAGGCUGUCGAGGCGCCGACGCGCAGCUUCGACUCGGAGCGGUGCCUCAUUUCGGCGGCUAUGCUGCUCGUCUUCGAUGCCAUUCUGCGGCAGAUGAAGGGUGCGAACAAGUGCCGCAUAAUUUCUGUCCUGCUGAACACCGGUGAUGGCUGCGGCUAUUUUCUUUCUACAACGCAGGGAAAACAGAACAUCGCCUUUGCAUCUGUGGCAGCGACACUGCAGCUGACUCGACCGCACCUGCUCCCGAUCCGCUCCGCCAUGCUGCGGUACAUUGAGGAGCAGCAGAAGAUGCGGCCCGACCACGAGCUGUUCGACCUACGUAUGCCUGACAAGCUGGAAAUUUUCAAGAGCAGCUACACCGUCGAGUUCCUCAAAGCAGUACUGGCGAACGCAGGGUACUCACUGGAGCAGUCUGGUGGCCUCUUUGGCGGUGGCUCAUCGGAGAUGGAGAAGCUGAUGGAGUGGCUGUGCAGCCAUCGCUCACCGCUGGCGAAGGAGCAGCCGGCAUUCGGGAUGAUGCGGGACAUGACGCUGCUGGCAAAGUUUAUGGGUACAAUGGAAAUGCGCGAUGCGCAGCUGCUGCACCGCCGCAAGGAGCUCGAUGCCCUUGCCUCGUGGCGGAUCUCGUUCGAGGAGGACGCACCGGGACGGCAGAUGAGCGCCGGCUGGCGCACCCGCCCAGUACCGCCGAGAUGGGAGUGCCUGAUGGUGCGUGGGCGUGACAUGGACAUUGCAGACAUCGCCGUCAAGGGCUUUGGCGACCGCGAGGUCAUGUACGGCGAGGGCUUGGCGCUGCACUCUCCAAUUGACGUGUCACGGAUGGUUGAGGCGGACCACCCCACCGAGGACGACGUGCUGCACGCGAAGACACUGCCAACGUUUGCCGGCACGAUGAAUGUGGAGGAGUCGGAAGUGCUGUUAUCAUGCCUGACGGCGCCAUACGUGCGCAUUCCGCUUGUCCUUGACUUCUUCGCUUCGCAGGACCGCCAUACGUACCUGUUCGUGUAUGAAGUGCAAGAGGUGCUGCGUGCGGUAUUGUUCGAGCCAGCGGCGUACGCCUCGCCGACCGUCCUGAGCCACGCCGACCCCCGCUCCGUUCCUAUGCGACUGAGCAAGGAGCAGCGCGAGAUGGUGGAGCUGCGUCGGCUACGCGGGGACUUGAGCCAGCAAAACUACGAGGACUGCCUCGGCACCACGUACGGGCUGCUCAUGAGCGAGCUGCGGCAUGCACCGACAAGCGUCCUUCGCCCGCUGCGAAUCCUCUUGGAGAGCAUCACGGAGCUUGGCCCCAGCUCUGUGUACAGCAGUAAUGCCUCCUACGUCCUCUUUGUUGUCGGACUGCUGUGCGAUGUGCUCUCCUUUUGCCGCUUCAUUGUUCAUCAUCAGCGGCAGCGGCAGGGCGAGACCUCCGGCACGGUACCGACAGCUUCGCAAGAGGCUGAGGAAAGCGAGGAGGAUGAGGAGAGUCGUUGCAGCCAGGUGGCCUUGGGUGUCAUAGACGAGUAUCACAGCUACUUUCUGCAGUUCUUUGCUACUACGGUGCAGCCGUUGCUGUGGGUGUGGCUCGAGGAGAGUGAGGAGAACACCGACACGCCGACGCAGUGCGUCAUUCACGCCCACAUGAGUCGGGUGGACCGUGCGCUUUGGAAAGGCUACGACUCGCUCUUGUCGUCGGCGUCUUGUGGCGCACGCGGUUGGCAGCAUGGAAGUUUGCGGUCCGAGGACACCAGCGCCGCGCCUGCGGAGGACCCGCAUGCACACCUGAUCCGCAUGCUCCAGUCGUAUGCGUUUGUGCGAGCGCGCCACGGGUUUGGGAUGGGCAUGCAGCGCAGCCAGCUCGCGGCCCGGGAGGGGGACCACCUGCUCACGCCGGAGGAAAAGAUGCUGCGCUUCCUGCAGGCACAGGGCUUGAACACCUCGCGUGUCUCCAAGGAGCUUCUGGAGCAGGGCAAGCAGCUCAUGAUGAGUGGCGGGCGUCGCCGCGCUGUCUUUGUGCAGAUUCGCAGCCGCAACUACAACGAUACGGUGCGCAUACCGAACUUGAUUCACAGCGACCCGAGCAGCACGACAGAGUCCAAACUGCUGAAGCUCCCGCCGGCUGAUGUGCCAGAAAACGUGCUCUUCUGCGAUCUGCUAGAGGAUUACCACCGGAUCACCGCGUUUCUGAAUGAGAUGACGCCGCAGCGACGCGGCGCAGUACUUCUGUCCAUCGUUCAGUCCGUCCUCCGCGACCACACCGAGUCGGAAGGUGGUGAUUCCGCCUCAGGUGCACCGCAGGACCGCAAGCGCUUUCACCGUUGCAGCCGCUCCACGAGCGUGUCAACCCGCGCGAGUGCCGCGAACCUGGACGCUAUGAUAGACGACGAUGACGAAGACCACGCCCCUCCCGAGGGCUCCCUACAGCACGAGGCGGCGCCACUGUGGUCUAUCUCGGCGCCUGGUGUCUACAAGGGACCGGCAUCAAGUGGUCUCUUUUUCCAUGCCCAGACGUGCGAGUUGUUUUGGCGCAACGACGAGCUGAAGCCGGUCCCGGAUAGCAUGUCACACUUCACCGACUUUGAGAAUGUCUUGGGCAAAGACACUCUGCAGUGUGGCCUGGUGAGUCGCCACGAGCACCGGCAUUGGGUGCACCUUGUAGGAACUCCGUACGACGUGAUCGAGUGGACGGCACCGCCGGACCUGGCCGACCAAGGUGUGCACCACCCAUUCGUGAUCGCCGGCAACUGGCCAGCGGAGUCGGCCGAGAGCGUGCUUUUCGAGAACGUCACCUACGAUCGUGUCAUUGCUGUAGAGGACGAUUACCCGUGGCCGUACAAGGAGGAGCGGUGGGCUAUCAGCAUGCUGCGGGACAUUCUUCGAGCUGCGUUCCCGAGUGGGAUGAGGUUCUAUCCUCUGGCCCCUGCGUUGUCGACGGCGGCCGCCAGCGACGCCGACAACGAGGAGGAUGGGGGCCGCCGCCUGGUUGUGCCUGCGCUGCACCACUACGAGAUGCGCUUCCUCAUGAACGACGCCCCGCAGUACGAAAAUGAGGCCGAGAGGGCAACGUGGAAGGAGGCAGUCGCCUACCGCUACCCGCAGCCGCGCAUAGAGAUAUACAACCUCGUGCCGCACGCCCGCAAGCUAUACCGCUCGCUUGUCUACAGCACCAACCAGCGCUACUGCUUGCACAGCAUGGCGCUGCUGACCGGGACACGCACGCGCGAGUCGCUGGUGGUGACGGCGUUUCAGGCCGGUGAGCUGAAGCGGCGCAUCUUUAACGAAAGCACGCUGGAGAUCCACCGCUACAAUGAAGCGAUCCGCGGUCGUGAGGUGUACAUUCCAGCACGGCUGCUGCAGGGGCUGAUCCCGAGUGUGCUACUGGAGUCGUUCUUCAUGUGGCAGGGCGAGGAUGAUGUGCUGCGCGGCUACCCACUUUCGGAGGAGAGCGAGGCUGCCUCCGUCCUGCCGGAUGCGACGUUGUCCGGCGCCGGAAAGCGCAAGGUCGUGCGGGGAGAGGUGAUGGACCACUGGUUCAACUACAGCGUCGAGAUUCACCUGCACGUGGGUCGACAAGGUAGCGACCCAGCCGGUGAGGGUACCUCAUCGCCAGCAACAUCGUCGGCAUGUGUGGUGGUGCGCCGCAAUGACAAGACCCACUCUUCCAUCGUCGAGGUGAAGCAUGCGACGCUGUCGGCUGACACGGUAGCGGAUGUGGCGCGCACCAAGACCAUGGCGGAGGCACAGGGUGCCACGAAGCGCCUCAUGCUACAGCGUGCCACGAGCGGCGAUGGCUUGAUGGACAUGUCGACCGGUACACUUCACGCAAACGAUGAGGAGGAGAGCGGCGAUGCCACAAUUCGGAUCACUGAUGCUGAUGUGGCGCUGCUUCACGAGGCACUUUCCCACCUCCCCAAAGGUGUGUGCGUGCAGCUGCUACGGCAGGCGAGAGGGGACAUUGCGUCGGCACUGACUUGGGCCUCCUCCGCUGCAAACGCCGAUGCGCUGCUCGCCAUGGUGGGGAUGGAUGCGAAGGCUAGCGGCGGAGGUAGUGACAGCAAACGGAAUAAUUUAGCGCAAAUGGUGGCCAAGACACAGCGGGCAAUGGGGACGUGUGACUACGUGCUGGUGAACAUCUUGCACUGUCGGGGCCUCUCGAACCUGCUGCAGAUGCUCACGCGCAUCGAGGACUGCUCCCACAUUCUGGUCUGGGGCCGUCGCUGCUCAGCCGCGAGCAAGGCAAAGCCCGAUGCUGCUUCAGCGGACGAAGAAGCAGCACACUCGCUUUGCGUCGAGGACACGACCGCUGCAGACAGUUACGUUCAAAUCGAGCUGAUUGAGAUGCCGCGGCUGCGUGUGCGCUUCUACACCAGCACAGACGGCGCAAGCAGUCGCGUCCGGUUAUUUCUGGCGGAUCAGCCGGGAUGGCGCCUCGCCGAGUGGGACGACUUCCCCGCAGCCCGCUGGCGGCAGCUGUGCCGACUCCGGGCGCCGUUUCAGCAGUGCCUGCUGCUCUGCAACGACACCCACGAGGUCGCUUUUUUGUGCCCCAAUCACGAUUUUGCGCCAAUGAAGAUUGGCGGCGACCCGUUCAACCCGAUGCUUCUUUUUGAUCGCUCGUCCUACACGUGGAGGGAGGCGGUGCCAUCCCCUUUCUACGUGUACGUUGUGCACAGCAGCAGCAGCUUCGUGAUGACGCCGUCGCUGUCGGCGUCGCUCUACUACGCUGUCAUGCAGUGCGCGACGCAGCACUACGCAGGCGCCAUGCGCACCCUCGAGUCCUGUUACACGGAUAGCAGCUUCUCCGCCGAGGAGGCCUUUAUGUUCGCGCUGUUCGAGCGCACAAUGGCGGACCGCUUCCCCGACGCAUGCGCGGUGCGGCUAAAGCUGGUUCAUGCGGUGCAGUACAGUUCGAACACGUACCAGUGGCCAUUGGCGACCGAGCUGUCGGACUACUUAAUGGUGAAGCACCACGUGACCGAAGACUGUCAGCUCUCGCGUAGUGAGGUGCUGGACCUGUUGAAGCGCUGUGCGCAGGCGGCACCAAUGGUGCGCAGUCAACUCGAGCUGUAUGCCGGACUCAUGAAGGUGGAACACAAGCCAGCAAACGGGUCGGCGACGGUGCCGGUGGCGGUGCAAACUCCCGCGUUGGAGCGCUGUCGGUUUCCAUGGGAGCGGCUGCUGCUGUACCCGUGGGAGCGCAUCGCCUCCCAGAAGGUGAAGCGGGUCUGUUAUCAGCUACAGAGCCCAGAGAUGGUGAAGGACGAAAAGCUUGUGGAGUUUCUGUGGUCAGAUCAGCUGCUCAUGGAUGAGGAAGGCGGCGCAAACACCAAAAAGGGGUUUUACUUCCUCUACUGCAUGAAGCGGAACACAGUGGUGCCUAUGAUUGGCCAGGAGCAUGUCGGCGUCACCCUUUCGCAGCUGCUCGCGCGCUGGUUCCAGCUGCGGCACUGUCGUUGGGGUCGCGAGGCGCAGCAGGGAGGUGAGACGGAGAUGGCACCGUCCUGGUGCAGCACGGUGCUACAGCUGAUGGAGAUGUUCCCGCACGCCGACUGGCCCGCGCCCGCGGACAACUCGGAGCGCUACAUCCUCGCUCGCGGCGUGUCGCUAGUGGAGGAGUGCGAAACAAAUGAUCAGCUUCAUGGUAUGAUCAUCGGGGGUCAGGAGUCGGCGGCGCGCCGGCGACGCGGCACCAUUCCGGAGCUCUUCAACUCCAUCCACCGAGUCGCGCAGGAGCACUUCAAGACGAACCACAUUACCGAGGCGGUGCGUGAGGCGCGCCAGAUGAGCUGCCUGCGUACACCGGCGAGCCAGAAGGUGACCGUGCUUAUGUGGGACCACUUGCGUGGCCGCGUGGUGCCAGGUAACACGGGUUGCGAGCAGGUAGAGUUGCACGAGGCGAACAUAUCAGUGGACUACUUCCAGAAUGGGAAUGCGGAGAACAACUCUGCUGCUGCUACGGCACUGCGCCACUCGUCACUGCAGGCCCUUUGCACCGAGCCGCUGAGUUCUUUGCAGCUGAAAGAAAACGUUAUCGCUGAAGGUGAGCCAGCUGCGCCACCGGCGUCUUCGUCAAUUUCUGUGCUCCCUUUCGAUCUUCGGGCUCACUUCCUCUCUCGCACUCCACUGGGCGAGAACAUGCUGGACCGUCUGGAGGAGGACUCGAUGCGCUUCCGCAGCCAGCAGCAGGCUCAGCGGCCCCACUACUUCCAGUGCCUCUCCGAGGACAUUGUGCGGGAAAUGUUGACUACUCCAGAUGUGGCGGCCAUGACAGUGUUUCUCACGACGGCAGUGACGGUACUGGGAGACUGUGUGCGACAGUUGCACACGCUUGGCGAGCGGGACGCCGAUCGCGUCAUGCGUUUGCGCUCGUCGCUGCUGUCCUUGGCGAAUGACGUUCAUCCAAUGUCGUCCACGCCGCCCUCUCACAACGCUAACAGCGCCUCUGCUGCUGGGGCACAGUCGCUUGAUCGUGAACGGCUGGUGCACUACCUACAGCGAGCGGAGCGUUCUCGUGUUGCCGUACCAAUUGAAUGGCUGUGUGCCGCCUUGCUGAGCACUACCUUCGAGAAUGACCUCAAGGCUGAGAACCGCUUUCACGGGUCGCUGCAGCGGAUUCAAGCUGAGCUCAUUCUCCUCAUGCUGUUGAGCAACCGCAUGUACUUUGCGGAGCAGGCGGCGCAAGCCGUGCAGCAGCUCCUCCUGUUCUUGGAGUUGUGCGGGCACCUUCGCGGCGUCGUGCUUACUCAUGGUGAAAAGGCAGCUGUUACUAGCAAGGCCACUGCCCAGCUCCGCGCGGCACGCAUUCGUGAACUGGUUCAGCACUUUUCGCUGGAAAUCGACCCAUCUGUCCUCCAGCAGCUCACGGCAGCAGAGGCGCCCAUCCCCAACGCAAGUACUGGGACAGGUGAUGAGGAGGCGACAGGCUCGACAGCCAUGUGCGUCACUCUCUCAGAGGAGACUCGCCGGAUUGUGACUGGCCGGUUGCAGCAGCUGGCGAACGCUGCUCUCGACACACUGACGGCACGUCGCACGUACGUCCACAUUCAUACUGACGCCUCCAAGGAGGAGGCGUCGUCCGGUGUCAAAGGAGCGGCAGGCAAAGAAGGCGGCGGUUCCUUCAGAGCGAGACUCGACCCCCGCUUCCUUGUCUUUGAGUUCCUCUUCAACAUUUUACUGCGUACCCGCCAGGUGGAGAUGGUGAAGUGGUUCGUAGAAAACAUUCGCCAUGGCCAGUCGCGUGUGCAGCAGAUGAUUAUGGGCCAAGGUAAGACAACCGUUGUGGGACCACUGCUGGCCCUCAUCCUCGCCGAUGGGCAGCAGCUCGUCACGCAGGUGAUGCCGACGGCGCUGCUGGAGCAGACGCGCGGUAUUCUGCGCCGCUGUUUUGGCGUCGUCGUGACAAAGCACAUCUACACGGUGCAGUUCGACCGCAGCAAUGAGGACGGCACGAGCGACGGAGUGGAGCUGCUCUAUCAGAAGCUGAAAUCUGCCGAGGAAGACCGCUCGGUUGUGAUCGCCGCACCUGAAUGUGUCAAGUCGCUUUUCUUGAAGGGGAUCGAGCAGAUGCACAUGAUGGAGAGCGUGCCUACGGAGGACAUGGAGCUAGACGAGACGGCAGAUGACCGCUAUACAACCCACAUCAAGGCAUUGCGUCGCAAGAUGGUGGAGAGGUCUGACCUAGCGGACGCCAUCGCGCCGAUUCUAGAGUUGUGGAAGCGUGGCGUCCUGAUCAUGGACGAGGUCGAUGUGCUCCUGCACCCGCUUCGCUCAGAGCUGAACUUUCCUAUCGGCCCCAAGUACCCCAUCGACCUGAGCGGCCCUCGUUGGUUGCUGCCUAUCCACCUUUUGGACGGCAUCUUUGCGAGCCAGCAGGGGAGAGCGUGCGAGGACGUGCAGUGGGAACUCGAGUACGGCUCGUCUAGCCAGACCGCCCACUCGGUGCACGGGGGUGGUUCGUCGCUGGCGGAGAUACGGGACGUUCAGGGGGAGAAGCGCCGGCACGCGCUGAGCGCAAUUCGCAGCGCCAUCCUCACCGGUUUCCGCCAGCGUGCCCUUCAGCGAGAGCCACACUUGGUCUUGCUCGACCCCGGCCACUACUACGCCGAGCAGCUGCUGCCGGUGCUCGUGCCGUGGCUGCAGCUGUGGCUGCACGAGCAUCUGAUGGACCACCUUCCAGAGCAGGAGCGCCAGAACUGGGCCUACGCGUCGUCGGAUGUGUUCGACGAGAAGACCAGGCCGCUCCUGCUGUCCCCGGUGAAGCGUGACGACGCGGAAAGCUGCGUAUCUCGCGAGCUGAAUGUGCACAUGCCUGACUACGGUCUGCAGCUGUUGAACCUUGCCCACGACUGGCUGUAUCGCUUGCUGCCGCACGUGCUCGCCAAGAUCGAUCGGGUCAGCUUCGGCGUGUUGCAACCGAACGAUCUGGCCCUCAGCGGUGAUGCAGCGCGGAUUCCAUACAGCCGAAAGAUGACGGCCGUUCCCUUCGUUGCGAAGGACGUGCCCAGCCGCAGCUCUGAGUUUGCGCAUCCGGAUGUGGUCAUUGGGCUCACUAUCCUUGCCUUCCGCUACGAGGGGCUACGCCUUCAGGAUGUGAAGGAGCUGGUGACACAACUGAAGCAGGACUUUGCGCGGCAGGCGGGACCGAAGGAGCACCGCCCAGCGGCGAAGCUGUACAAGCACUGGUUACGUCUGAGCUCUUCGGACCGCGCGGCCGCGGCGAAGAAGGCGGAGAUGGCGACGGCCGCCACUGCCGCGGCCGCUGCAGUCACCGAGAGGAGCGUCACAGAUGACAGUGCUGACGUGCUUCGCUCAUUCGAGCGCGCCGGGGUGCCCCUGUCGCAGCUCCAGGUGACGGACAAGGCGCAGAUGCAGUCACUCUACCACCUGCUGCACCGCGUUCCGGAGGUGAUUCACUAUUAUCUGUGCUCUACCAUCUUUCCACGCACCAUGAACUUCCAGCGACUGAAGAUCAGCGCCUGCGGCCACGAGCUCGGCUCCUCGAUGCUGUUCACAAAGCGGAUAGGAUUCAGUGGAACACCAAGCAACAUUCUGCCUCUGGACCUCGGCGAGUGCUUCUACGAGCCUGGCAGUGACGGGCGUGUGCUGUCGGUACUCACGAACCCCGAGGUGGUCCAUGCUGAGGUCCUGCCGGACAGCUGGACACCACUCCGGUUACUUGACCGCAUCGCUGCAGCGCAGCCGCCGUACUCCGCCCUCAUCGACGCUGGCGCCCUCAUCACGAACAUGAGCAACGAGGAGGUGGCGCGCUGCCUUCUGGCGCGGCUGCCUGCAGCGCUGUUUGACGGCGUCGUCUUUCUGGACCAGCGAGAUCGGCAGAUGAUUCUACAGCGCAACAACGGCCUCGUCAUCCCGGUUACUCAGUGUGGUGUGCCGCUGGCACGCCGUUUCACCUUCUUUGAUCAGGUGCACACGACUGGCACGGAUGUGAAGCAGUCCUCCACGGCUGUUGCCGUCAUCACGCUCGGUAAAGAUCUUGUCCUGCGCGAUUAUGCCCAGGGCGCGUAUCGCAUGCGUGGGAUCGGCCAGGGACAGCGGCUGUGCUUGUAUCUGAUCCCCGAGGUGGUCUCCCGUAUCCAGGAGGCGCUGGGGUCUCGGUACCGCACUGGUGACAUGCUCAAGGACGUUCCCGCGUGGCUCCUCCUUAAUUCGAUGAGGGUCGAGGGCCUGCAGUUCUUCAAGCUUUCCCUGCAGGAGUUGGCGAAUGUGUGGCGCAAGAAGGCGAUUGCAUAUCUCUUGCAGGACACACAGUACGCCAACGCACAUGCGGAGCUCUUCAAUGGGUGGAUGCGCUGCCGUCGCUUUCAGCUUCCACGACCGAUGGCGGGCUUCAGUACUGCUGUAGGGGGCAAGCACACCAGCGCGGAGGAGGACGAAGCUGCUGCAACGGCCAAUGCGGCGCUUUCGCUCCCUUCCAUCGACCUUCUCCAGGCCGCCAUUGCGGAGUUCAGGGAGGUGAUUGAGUACCCCGUUGCUGGAAGGAUUGCCCCGGCUCCAUCCUUCAGCGAGCACCUGCAGGAGAUCCUGCUGGCGCGUUCGCAGGAGCUGAUCGAAGGAGACACCAUGUCGCAGGGGCUGGUGAAGCAGUUGCUUGACCGCAUGCAGCGCAGCAUUCAGGUUUCACGGGCGGCCCCCGAGGGGGGCCGUGGAGCCUCCGCAAAGGAGGCCAGCGGCACGAGUGCCACCGGAGCCGAGCAAGAAGGCGUGCACAACACGAUGGACCUGAACGCGGAGAUUGUGCACGAGCAGGAGGCGGAGCAGGAGCAGGAGCAGGAGGCGGAACAGGAGGAACAGCGCGUCUCCGCGUUUUCACGCGACGACGAGAGCCAGAUUGGGUGGGCGGUGGACACGCUGCGCACCUGCGGAGCGAUCUCGGCAGACACGGUGCGACCCACGCACGGCUGCUGCUUCUACCAGAUGAGCAGCUUCCAGGUUCGUCCCAGUCAGCCGCAGCUUCAGGUGUCGUCACAGUACCUCGUGAGCGACAACUACUUCAGGCUGGACUGGCAUGGCGUAGGGGAGCGGCGGCUGAAGAACAUUUUUCUUUUUCUCGAGUGGGUGCCUACCCAUCCUGUUCCUUCGUCGUCUGCCACCCAGGCCGCCGCCAGCGGAUUGUCGUCGGAGGCGGAGACGUUUCUAUGCUCCGGCCUCCUCACUCUUGCUGAGGGCGAGUCCAUGCGUUGGCUCAUUCAUCACUCCCGCUACGUGCAGAGGAACUUCCGCCUUGCCCUGCGCUUCGCCUCGAACGGCGCCUACAUGGAUGCCACCAGGCCCUUUUCGGCGGUCGUGCACCGCCAAGGCGUGCAGGCGCUGCGCCAUAUGCAGCUGAGCUCGACCGGCUCGUCUGCCGGUGACUGCGACGUGAGCGCGUGCGACGCGGUAGCAGACAAAGCAGUGCUUCUCUACCGUUUCCUGAACAGUGACAUGUUCUACUCCACAAAGCAGCUCGCUGUAUUGGAGGAGGUGCUAGAGGCGAUGCCUCCGUCCGACCGGCUGCACUUUUUCAUGGAGUGUCUACGGGUGCGCCGACGUAGUCGCAACCACUGGGAGGAUUCCCCCAUCGCGGUGCUCUUCGUCUCCGAGGCUGAGAAGCCUUAUCUCCGUCAGCUCGCUGUCGGCAAGCGGGUUCAACAGGGGAUGGAGGACAUGGCAGAGGUAGUUGUGCGUGCUGCGCGUCCGAGAGCGUCGGACCGCCUGCGCCGCGAGGCGGAGCCCGUGCGGCAGAGCUUUGAGAGCUUCACCGUGGCCCUCUCCCAGGGGGUUUCCUCGUGCGGCGCUUCUGCUGCCUUCUCGGCAGGGCGCGCGGCAGAGAUGCUGACGGGUACCUUCCCGGAUGUCUUCAAGACACUCAGCGUGCAGGAAGUCGAGCAGGCGCUCUUAUUCCUCGUGCACCAGAAGCGCGGCGCAGCAGGCGGCGUCGCUGCGUCUGCGCGACCCGAAGCCACCGCGGCCUCGGCAGACAAAGCGAACUCCAUUUCGGUUGAGGAGCUUUUCAGCGUGAUACCGUCACUGAACGCAGAGGCACUGCGGGAACGAGUCGAGGCCGCGCACACGCCUCGCCCAGCUGCCGCUCAAGCGCAGCCCGUCAGCAUCACUGUCUGGUCGUGUGACUCAUGUACUUUCCAGAACCAAAUCUCGAGCAACAUGUGCUCGAUGUGCAUGGCCCCGAAGCCGAAGUCUGUGAGAGAGGCGGAGGGUGCGGAGAUGGACGCUGCUGCCAAUGCCGCUGCUGGUGGGGCUGCAGCAGAGGAGGAGGGCGACGACGAUGGCGUGGACACGCCGUGGCAGUGCGCAGUGUGCACUUUUAUCAAUGACUCUCGCGGGAAGUCGAUGUGCGAGAUUUGCAUGGCACCCAACCCGCGUCCGCUGAUGGGAGCGGGUGGAAGUCACGCUGGGAGGAGCCCGUUUGGUGGCGGCUUUGAGUGCCCGGAGGGGUACUGGGUGUGCUCGGUGGAGCAUGGUGGGUGCAGCAAGUUCAACCCCAACUCCUUGUUCUACUGCCAGGUAUGCGAGAAGGCGCGGCCGAAUUUGGCCAGCGUGCGCUUUUAA